UUCUGGAUGCCAGUUUACUUUGUACAGUGCUUUGGUGAACAGUGUCCAUAUUUUAACUCAAGUUCGCUAAAAACCUUUAGAAAUAUUUUAAAACUUGGAGUUUAUUCCUAUUAAAAAAAAUAAAUUUCCGAAAUGUGGAUGCAUAAUAUUCAAAUAGUGUUUGGAGUUGUCCUUAUUGUUAAUUUUGUUGGUGCAUUUCCCAUGAAAAGAGAAAUAGAUAUUGAGAACACGCGUACGAAAUAUUCAGAUGAUCAAUUAUACUUUCCGGAUACAGAAGAUUCAGAAUCAGAGAUUUUUCGAAUUCAGCGUGCCAUCAAAUCUCGUGGUAACAAAAAGCAAAAGAUUGCAGUUAUGACACCGGCACCAAUGAUCAUUUUUGACGAAGAUAACAUUGAACCACUGGCUCCCGAGCCGGUUUUUAAAAUUCGGAUUGAGCGACCUCCAUCAUCAACGCCGGUAUUUUCUGUACCACGAUGGCCACCCAUGAUUUCAGACGCCGAAUCUGAAACGCUUUCUGAUAAUAGUGUAGCCACUUCAAAACCCACGAAAUCGCCUUUAACUGAAAAACAAUUACCAUCCGAAUCUGAAAUUAUGACCUCUACGCCAAACUCUGCUAAAAAUCAGGAUAUUCGAAUUUCAAGCAGCACAACAUCUCCUGAAAUCAUGCCGGAUAAUGUGGAGAAUGUGAAACAAAGCGAUGAAAUUUUCAUCGACGGAUCUUUAUAUGUUCCGUUCAAAGCUCAGAAUCUGGAAAACCGUAAGCGACGACUAGACACGACUCCGACAUCUUCUGAUUUUAAAUUCGAAUAAACCAAAAUUAUGAAGUUAUUUCAUGUGCACGUAAUAUAUGUAUUUAUGGUUAAUGAUAAUUUAAUAAAUAUUGGACGGACUAUGAGUGGUAAACCAUCCCAAAUAUCUCAA